AUGUCGGCCCUCGCCAUUGGCUCAAUUCGAACUUCAGGCGGCUCUGAUUGGAAGGCGUCCUCGCAGGCUAUUUUUAGCAGGGUAUAUAAGACGCGGGCCGCCGCGCGCCGGAGGAGUCGGCGCUGGGAGGUGCAGGCCGAGCGGCUCAGUGAGCCUGCGGCCGGCCGAGGGAGCCGCUCCUCCCGUCCCCGGUCCGCGUCCCAUCCCCCGGUCCCCGUGCCCCGGUCCCCGUGCCCCGGUCCCCGGGUCGGGCCUCGGCCCACCGCUCAGGCCGGCAGUCCCGUCCCCGCCCCCCCGGCCCCCCCCGCGGUGCUCGGCCCUCAGGCCCCGUCCCGGUCGUUAGACCGGCCGUUCCCGUCCCGUCUCCCGAGCCGGUCACUUCGGCCCCGUCCCCUGCCCCCCGGCAGAGGGGCUCAGUGCGCCGCGGCCGGGCCGAGGGGAGCCGGGCGGGCCCCCUCGUCCCUGUCCCCUUCUGUCCGCCCUCGGGGCCGCGCUGCUCCCCUCGUUCUUCCUCUGCUCCGUCCCUUCUGUCCCUCCCCCUCCGAACUCGGGGACUCCCUGCGCCCCGGCCCGCUCUGUUGCCCUCCGAUCGCCUCCACCUGCUCUGACCGUCUCUGUCCCCUGUCAGCCCUCUGCUCCCCAUCCUCUUCUGCCCACCCACCUUCCUCUGUCCCCCCAACCCUGCCCGCCUCCAUCCAGCCUCUGCGCUACUCCUCCUCUGCCCCCCAUACUCUCCUGUCGCCCUCCAUCUUCCUCUGUCCCCCAGUCCCCCUCUGUCCGUCCGCCUCUGAUUCCGGAGCCACCCGCCCCCCUCUGUACCCUGUGUCCCCCUUUGUCGUCCUCCACCCCCCCACUCUCCUCUGCCCCCCCAUCCCCCUCAGACCUCAGGCCCACAGGGCUGGUGACCCCUGGAGCGGGAGGACAGAGCCAGUGUGUGGUGAGGGACCUGACAAGCUGGGAGUGAAUCUGAGUCUCUCCUUCCCACUCCCUCAGGCACACACACCUGUGUGCCUCGGAAACCUGCCUGAACUGCAGGAAAAGGGUCAGAAAGGCCUGGGAGAGUGAUGUUGGAUCCGCUGGCUUUUGAGUGGGGUACUUUAGGUUGAAGUGCAGGUUUUAGAAUUUUGAUCUUCAAAAAAGAGAUGCCUUAUAACUUGUUCUCGGUGGGGUCCCAAGCCUAGCACAGCGUCCGUACCAGCAUCCAUACUGUACUUAUUAAAAAUGCAGUUUUCGGGGUCCAGCCCCCAAACCUACAGAAUCUGAAGCUGGGUUGACGCCACCCGGGCCCGGACUGUCCCGGCCAUUGUGUGUGAACAGCCCCCUCCCGGGUAAAUCUGUUGCCCACUGCAGUUUUGCCAACCAGGGAUCGAGAACUUAAAAGUGUCCAUUUACUUGUUACCUACUGUACAACGGCCCUCAUCCUAAGAAGACUGAGAGGCUACGUCUAAUUGGGAGGAAUCUGUUUAUCUAGGGGAGCUGCAAUCUCAAAGAACCCUCGGCAAGGUUAACAACUAAGCUUUUCCUCUGAAUGUGCAAACCAUUUAAAUUAGGAUGGUGCUGACAUUCAACGUGUUUUUUUUCCCCAUAUGAAUUAUGUCCUAAAAUAUGCCAUAAUGUUCAUUUUCAAGAAAAAUGCCAAGACCACAAAGAAUGUGCAUUUUAAAAUUCAAAAUGGAAAACUGAAUUAUAACUAGUAGUUUCAUUUUUAUCUCAAGAUAGAGUUUAAUGAACAUCCUUUCGAAGUUUUUAAAAAUGUAGCACGGAAAAGGGUUUUGAGAGGAUUUUGUGUGUUAGAUUUUCACAGAUUAGAGCAGACUAGAAUAUACCAGGAUUAUGACCCUGUAAGAUUCUAGGCUGGGACCUUUGUUUGGGAAUCCAAAGUCAGAAAAUGUUACUGGCUCCUCGUACUUAACAUAGUCUGUGAAGAUGAUCCACAAUUCAAAUCAAUACAAAUUAUCAUUGGCCUGUGUUUAUGUCAUUUUGCCCCAGAAACAAAGAGGAUAUCUAGCCUUCUGUAGGUGAGAUAUGUUCCUUGGGUCAGAGAUGGUUUGGCCUUGAACCACCCACAGGCUGAGCUAACCUGGUGACCAGCAGCUGGUCAUAUUUGGGAUAUGGUUGCAAGAGUGUGGUUUUGCUGGGGAUAGGAUUUUCUCAGUAAUUAGCAGCCAUUGCCAAAGGAAGCAAGAAUCCGGGGAAUAUACAAGUGACCAAAGCCAGCAUCCCGGCAUAUGGAGGAAAGUCAGGGGAAGGGAGGGGAGUCCUCCCCAAGUCCACAGAAGGGAACGGCUCUGUGCAAUGCAUACGGGUGUCCCGGUUAUGGUGCUCUACGUACCUUUUGGACAAUUAACUAUUCGUGGUUUUAAUAAUUUUCCUUAUCUGCAUUCCUACGCAAUGUAGAUUUGUCCCUGUCUCUUGCAUGCACUGACAAAUACUUAGAAGAUUGUAUAGUUUAUUUUUAAAAUAGUGAACCUAAUUGGACAUGAUACAGAUACACUCAAAAUGGUAAUUUUCAGGGAAAAAAAAAUGGUAUAAGAACAGGAUACAUAGACUGGUUUUCAAAGAGAAGAAGCUCUGUGGCCUCCCACUGCACCGGUGAGCCAUCCAGCUCCUGUUAUUCAUAUUCACGUCCCGUGACUGGCCAGAUCUGGAAGCUAAGGUGAGGAGAGGCAGGUCACUUGCCUGAGGUAACCUGGCUGAGAGCAGCAGAUCCAAGUGGAAACAGGGGAGUGAGUAGACUGCAGGAAUAUUCCUGAGCUCGCAGCUCAAGCUCUGCGGCCUUGGGUCAAAGGAACAGCGUUGGGGUUGGAGCUGGGGCAGGCGGAGCCCAGCCCGAAGGCACGACCACCACCCUGUGUGCCUGUAGCCGUGGAAACCCAGAGAAAAGACUGCAGGUUUGCUUCUGAGGAACAUCACCAGGAUUUCGUAGCAGGGAGACAAUGUUUGUUCUUAGGCAAUCUCAGGUAUAAACUUCUAGAGGUCAUGACAACCUACACGAAACUUUUUGGAGGAAAUCAGUACUUUAAAACUUAUUCUCACUCGUCCAGCCGUGGUUUUCUAGAAGGAGCUUUCCAGCUGUGUGGCCUCGAGCUGGUCUCAUCUGUAGCAUGAGGACACGAAGAUGGACUCUGCAGAGUCGUGGGGAGGGGAAAUGCCCCGUCUGCUGCUUGACACAGAGCUGGUGCUUGGUGAACGUCACUGACCGUCCCUCCCGGAUCUCUGGACUCCAACUCUUUGAAAGCUCUUCACAGACAUGGCUCUGCCCCAGGGUAAACACACAAAUAUGUCAAGAAAUGCCCAGAGAGUGAACUCAUGAGGGCAGGGACUGACCUCCCUGUGCUGGUUAUGAAGUGUCUCCCCAUAGUCUUUCCAGUAGACCACAUGCAGCCAUUCUGACAGAGCUGGGGGUGGGCAUCAAAAUAAAGUCCUGCAAUGUAGCAUUUCCUGACAUGCUGUCAAGUUGACUUUGUCACCUAAACUCUCAUCAACUGGCAUGCUUGGCAGCCCGGUGGGGAGCUGGUUAGAGUCCAGAAAUAUAAGCCCCCAGUGUUUCCCAGCUGGAGAGGCUAGAAAACGGUCCAGUGCACCGACUUCUCAGCAAAUAGUCACCACAGUAACGCUUGCCAUGCCGGCAGUAAUUCUCAGGGCACCUGAGGAGGACCGGAGAACGUUCGCAUGGGGUUGUCAGGUGAGCAAGCCACCCCUCCCUGAAACCUGCUUUCCACGGACGGUACUUCCCGUCCCUCAAACAUGCUGUGCUGUGACACAUUCUGCAGGGGCCUGCGGUUGCUGCAGAACUCAAACACGGACCCGCCAGGACACCUUCUCCAGAGUUUCGUGGGGGCUCAGGAACCGGUUCUCCCCUCUGCCCAGUUGUACCCAGCACCACAGAAAGCCAACACGUUCGUUGUUUGGACGAUGAGGGUGCUUCCGUAAGCGCUGACAGCCAUUCACCAUCCUUCCUGGAUUAGAGCAAAACGCCCCUGAAAGACAUCUGUCUCUGGCUGCCACCUUUUAUAAUUCGCAGACCACCGCCCCGGGAAUCACAGUGGGUCUGUGUGUGCGUGGCUGAAGAGAAUAAGAGGGGUUGAAGAGUCCUCACCUGACCUCUCUUCCAGGAGCCUGCUGUGACUGGCCCCCCGGGCCUGCUUCCCCACACCCAGCAAUCUCCUUUCUGCACCGGCAGCUCUCUAAGGCAAUGAAAGUAAAACGAGACUAGUAGUAAUAGCAGGAGUUGUAUCUGGCUCUUGAACGUAGCCACCCCAUUCCCUCACACAUGCUUACGUGCGCCAUCUUUCCGCACUGGCUUCCACCCUCACUGGGUUGUUUCUCCGUACAAAGUGGGAAACGUUCAGGAGGGAGGCCGCAGGUUUUCCUAAAUAGUCUACCUCAGGAGUAAGAUCCUCAAUCCUGACCAAGGUUUGGGUCUAUGGCCCAACUUAAUUAAUAGGUUUUUGUGUUUUCUAGAGACAGAUUAAAAUUCACUUACCUUCCUAAAAAUAUCUGAGGUUCAGACAGUGUAAGUUAAUACGCUUCAGUUGUUCAGGCGUCUGGGAAAAAUAUCUGUACUCUAUUGAGUUAAAUCAGAGAAAAAUAUGCUUUGAUAGAGUCCCAAGUCAGAAAUAAAAGAUAAAUGUUCAUGUUUUUAGUAAGGUUCUGUGGUGGUUUCCAACAUGUCCACAAGUUCUUCGAUAAUCCUUCUCUUUAUUUAUUUAUUUAUUUAUUUAUUUUUAUUUAUUUUUAUUUUUUAUUUUUUGAUAAUCCUUCUCUUGAGUGUGGGCUGGACUCAGUGCCUCCCCUCUAAUGGAGAGAAUGUGGCGAAGUGAGUUUGACUGCGUGGGUACCUGAGACCAGAAGGCACACGGUCUCCUCUGUGAGUGUUUCAGAUCACUGGCCUGGGGGAGGCCGGCUGCACAUGGUGAGGAGCCUCAGCCCCUGGGGGAGAGGAUGGCGCCCAGAGCCGCGUGAGCAGAUUCUCUUCAGUGUGGCUUCUCCUCGGUUAAGUCUUCAAAGGACAGCAGCCUCAUCCAACAUCCUACAUACAAGCUCCCGAGAGACCCCAAGUCAGCCCACCCAGCUAAGCUGCUCUGGGGUUCCUGAAGUGAGGACUGUGAGAUACUAAAUAGUCACUGUCUCAGGCCACUAGGUUUGGGGGUGAUUUCUUUCAUGUCGGUGGAUGUCUAAGAUAGAAAGCGCCGCGGCCAUUAAAAUACAGAGCAGUGGAGAGAAAUCCUAGGAAUUUGCUAUUUCAUUUCUUUGAGUGGAUUUUUGGGGGUGUUUUGGAAGGCUGUGCACAUGAAUUUAUCUUAUAUAGACUUAUUCUACCAGCACAAUCCCCCCCCCCCCCCCCCCGCCGCCCCGGUAGUCUCACCAUUUACCAGGAGGAGGGGCAUAUUUCUGGCCUAGGCAGUUUUCACAGACACCGUGUUUCUUGUAUGGUCAAUGAUGGAGAGAUAACUUAUUCAUAUCUCUUCAGCCAUAGGCACAGGCCAAAAAAAAAGGUAUUAUUGUUGCAUCUGGAAGAAUUCAGAGGAAGACAGAAGCCAUCUAUUUUAAAUAUAAAUCAUUCAAAAUGUACCAAGUCAAUAAGAAAGGGAAGUGUCAGAUACAUUCUCGGUUCAUUCUUCUCAUUGCUCCAAGCCACCCUUUGCUGAUCCUGAUCCAGUUUCUGAUUCUGUGUUAUUGAGAUCCUUUGAGCAGAUAGGAGCUCAUGGCCAGAGAGAUCCCAUAUUAGCAACACGGACAGGACAGACGUAGGGACAUCUGGCCACAGCCUCCCGGCCAACAAGCCCACACCUACCACCCCUCUGAGUGUGAGGGGUGGAGCUGGGACUGAUAGAGAUUUGGGGUGGUGCAAGGAAUUUCAGGGCCCAAUUUUUUAAAAACAAGAUGAUAAUACUUAUUCAGUGUCGAAAAAUUGGGAAAUACAGAUAAACAAAAGGAAGGUAGUACAAAUUACCCAUAAUCACACAACCUAGAGGAAGGUGCCAUUGGGCUGCUCAGCCUGGUCGCUGGUUGGGGGCUGGGGGGGCAGUGGAGGUUGGGCUGGGAGAGUACCUUUCUCUAUGAACAGUGGGAUGUGUAGCCUAGGGGAAGCUCUGAGCACCCUCAGAGUCUCAGUGCGUGUACAACCUGCUCCAUUUUCACUCAUCUGUGUUUAUCCGUCUAUUCACACAGCUGUGCGUGUGUUUAACUUAUCGAGAUAAAUAAUAGUCAGCUUUGUGUUUGGGAACCUGCUGUAUAUCCUUAAGAAUAUAUUAGGUGCGUUAUUCUGUAUUAGUGAAUAUCUAUUUGUCUCAUUGUAACACCCACAGAAUAAAAUACUGUAUAAACACAGAGUCAGUUUGCAGUUACUAUCCCCGUAGUUAAUAGUGCGAAGGCUAGGAUUCAAAGUACUAGAUCAGAAGUAGACACGUUUUUAGGACUUUCGAUAUGUUUCAUCAAAUUACAUUCUCAAAAAAUUAUGAUACCAAAUUGCAUUCCCACCGACCAUGUUUCAGAGUGGACGUACAGCAUAAAUUUUGUGAAUCUACUGGCAUUUAAUGAUUAAACAUGUGCUCCAAGUUUUAAACAUUCGAAAAGAGCACACAACACAGUGGUCAUGCAAGCCACACCUUCCCACGGUUAGAGAGAAACCCCCUUUGUCGGAAUUCAAAGAUGCUCCUAUUUCAUAUGGUAUUGUUCCUGCUUUAUAAGUGAGGGAACCCAAGGCUUACAGAAAUUAGGUAAACCUUCAAAUCACAGGACUGGUAAUGUUCAAAGCCAGAAUUCAAGGCUAAGGGGGGUUGGAUCCCCAGCCCAGGAGCUUAACUUACCCUGCGUUGUCUCUUGUCUCUAACAUUUUCCUGCCCCCAGGACCCAUGAGGUCCUACUGGCUGUUCCUGAGUAUGAACCUGAUCCACCUGCUCCUUCUGAUGAUUGUGGAAAUCCAACCACUUAAUUUGGUCCCAUUAGCCAGAUUCACGUGAGCACUCAAAACAUGGCUCUAUUCAUUUUUCAUGUGUGGUGCCUUAGAGGUUCCUGAAUGCAAAUGCUCAGCAGGGCUUCACAAGUUAAAUCCAUAGGCCAUUUCUUGCUGUGAUUUUUGGUAUGGCAUCUUAGACAUACCAGAAUGUGCUGUGACGAGCUCCUCGUGACUAAGUCUUCUCUCUCACUACAAGAGAGUCACGUGUAAUUGAGGAAUAGAUGUGUCUCCUUUGUUUCCCUUUCCGGCUUUGCAAAUAUACAGAUGUAAAAAAAGAGACUAUUUUAAAAGCAUCUACUUGAGUGCAGGGUUAGUCACGUGAUGAAAAAGGCACAUCUCUGUGAGUUUCAUGAGCAUCUGCCAGUGAUCACGCCCAGAAGACUCAAAUGACUUACUUGUUAUUACACCUUCAAAAGGACGCAGCCCCCAGUCUGUAACCAUUGGGAUAAAAAGGGGAACCCAGUCCUGCAACGUAUCACUGUGUCACUGAUGUUACAUGACGUGCACUUGUGGAAUUAAAACCAGCGGUGUGUUCACACUUUCUGGGAAUAGCACCUAAUCUGUUAUCUUUACUUUCUUCCUCCCCAAUUCCCAAGUUCCUUUAAAAGAGACCCAGGGAGCUGGGUGUCACCAGGACCCCUCUCCUAGUGGCCCUGGAGUCAUCUCCAUAAAGAGAAUGCACCUGCUGUACUCCCAGGUCUGGUUCUGUUCAGGAUGUAGACUGUGCUGUCUCUUCUCUGGAUCGAGUGACCUACACAUCAGCAACUUCAAACAACCGUUUUAUUUUCUCUUGUGAUUUUGUGGGAGAGAUUUGGGAAUGGCUCAAGCACGCAGUUCUCCCUGGGGGUCCCUCAUACAAUUGCAGUCGGACACGUUGGCAAGCUGCUGUCCCCGGAAGGCUGACUGGGCUGGAGGUUCCAGAUGGCCCAGUCCCUUGGGAGGUGUCUGGUGCUGCCUGUGGGCUGGGAGCCCCACCAGGGCUGCCAAAGGGAGCACCUACAGGUGGCCUCCCAGGCCUCCCAGAACAGCAGACUCUGGGCAGCUGGACGCCAGGCGUCCCAGGGCGCUAGCUUCCCAGGGCGAGCAGCGCCAGCAAACCACCUCAGAGCUGCUCAGCUUCUCUGACCUAACUGUAGAAGCCCUAUGGGAGCACAUCCAUCAUAAGCUGUUGGUCGAAGCCCUCACAUAUCCAGCCAGAGUCAAAGGGAAAGGACACAGACGUCACCCUCUUCACAAGGGGAGAGGAUCAAAGAAUUUGAUCCUAAAAACAACCCCAAUCAAUACCCAAUAUUACUGUGUUAGGCACUUCCUAAAUUCAAGAAUAUAUUUUUUGAGUGACCAGACUGACAUAUUUAUAAAUCAUUACACUUUGUGUUUUCUUUUUUUUUCCUUUUAUAUUUUUAACUUAAAUUCAAUUAGCCAACAUAUAGUACAUCAUAUACUUUGUGUUUUCAUUGGCCUGCUUAGACAUAACAGAACACAGCACUGGUAGGAAUUCUGCUCACAGAAUCAUCACACGUUGGACUCCUGAUCUGACACGGCAGAUUGGGGGUCAGCAUUUGCUAAUUGCAAUUAAAUUUUGUGUGGGAUGUUUCUGACUGCAAAUAUAGAUGGGUCCUCCCAUAGAUUAGCUCUGGAGAAAAAUUUCAUGAUGACCUAGACUCAUUUAUCUAUGGGGAUGUAGGCAUUGAAGUGGGAGAGGAUUCCACGCCCAGCUCCUGUCCUGGGUUUUAAAGAAGGUUUGAAACAGAGGGCAGUUGAUUGCUCUCUGUCCUUCUCUGACAGCAGAGAAGGAGAAAACGGGGGAGUCUUAGCUUCACCAGCACACUGUGCUUUACACUGAGCUUUCCUUUUGGGAACCAAAUGCAAGUGCCUCUGUCUGAAGAAUCCUGUUUUCCAGGAAGCCUAUAAGAAAAAUAACAAAGCUCAAGUAGGCCAAAGGGAAAAUGCAGUUUGGGUGGACUUCUGACCAACAAGAAGGGUUCAUUCAUGUUUGCAUUAAGCAUGGUCCCACCCAUAAGCCAAGCUGCCAACCCAUAAGAUUUCCAAGGUCUCUGAGGCCACUGUGGCAUCACUUCCCUUCUAGAACCCUCUCCUUGCCCAGUGCAGGAACCAGUCCAAACUCCCCGAAUGGAAACCAGAAGCUGAGCAUGUAGGGGACUUCAUUCUUUACCACCCCACCCCUUUGUCUGUGGUCUCGAGGUCUCUGGACAUAAAAAAGGAACUGUUCCCCACAGAAAUUAGGGGAUCCAACUGUAAACAUACCACUAGGUAACAGAUUCCCCUGGCGGUAAAAGAAUAUGGAUUAAUGGAAAUUUCAGUUGGUUAGGGAAAAGCUCCCUCGCCUACUAGGAAGCACCCUUGCUCAUUGACACCAGAAGCACAUCAAUUCAUAAUCCAAAAAGCACCUGCACGGGAGCAUUCCUGCAAUAUAUCACACAUCCUGUUUCGCAAGCUUGCUUCCGAACUUUGGCACAAUUGCCACUGAAGUUCCUCUUCGGGCAUAUGUAUGUUCAGGGUAAAUAUAUUCUACAGCUCAUUAUUAUCCCUUAAAAAACAUUUACUUCCUAUUCUGCAGCUCCAUUUGUAGAAAGUAGAAGGGAUUGCCCUGGGCUGGUUUUCUUGAGAAGGGCUAGUGAGUGAAAAGAAGGGUAGAGGGGUGCCUGGGUGGCUCAGUUUGUUGAGCAACUGCCUUCGGCUCAGGUCAUGAUCCUGGAGUCUCGGGAUCGAGUCCCGCAUCGGGCUCCCUGCUCGGCGGGGAGCCUGCUUCUCCCUCUGACCCUCCCCCCUCUCAUGUGCUCUCUCUCUCAUUCUUUCUCAAAAAAAAAAAAAAAAAAAAGAAGGGUAGAGAAUGGUGUUCUAUCAGGUCUAAAGUAGACACCACAGGUUCACUUCAUAUCCUACUCCUAAAGCUACUGCCCUAAUGUUCAUCUGGAAGGCCGCUGGGUCAUUGCUAUGACCUUUUUUUUUUUUUUGAAGUAUAACUGACAGACAAUGUUAUAAUAGUUUCAAGUGUACAACACGGUGAUCCCACAAUUCUCUAUAUUACUCAGUGCUCACCAUGAUAAACGUAGUCACCAUGCAAUGCUAUUACAGUGUUAUUCCUCAUAUUCCCUAUGCGGUACUUUUCAUCUCUGACUUAUUUAUUUUAUAACUGGAAGUUUGUACCUCUUAAUCCCCAUCACCUGUCUCCCCCCUCCCUCCACCUCCCUCCCCUUUGGCAACCACCAGUUUAUUCUCUGUAUUUAAGAGUCUGCUUGUUCAUUUGUUUUGUUUUUCAGUUUCUACAUAUAAAUGAAAUCAUACGGUAUUUGUUUUUCUCCGUCUGACUUAUUUCACUUAGCAUAAUACCCUCUAGGUCCACCUGUGUUGUCACAAAUGGCAAGAGAGACACAUACAUCAGUCGAAAUAAACCCAUGCUUAUAUGGUCAAUUAAUCUAUGCCAAAGGAGGCAAGAAUAUACAAUGGGGAAAAGACAGUCUCUUCAAUAGAUGGUGUCGAGAAAACCGGACAGCUACAUGCAAAAGAAUGAAACUGGACCACUUUCUUACACCAUACACAAAAAUAAACUCA